AUGUCGCUACCAGCCAAACUGGAUCUGGGGGUCGACCUCUUCGACGACGACGACCAAAAAAAUAUUUUUUGGGUUGUUUGCGACAUUGAACGCGAAACUUUCUCACAAGGUGCUGUUGGCCAACCCGAGCCCAUUGCUCUAUUCAAAACCCCACGUUUCAUUGUCAAGUUUGGAGAUACAAGCACCUUUAUGUUUGUGGACCCUGGCAGAGCAAAAGAUGCAGAGGAACCUCUUUGUGUAACUCAGCCCAUAUACUGUCCGCUAGCAGCCAUUUCUUCACAAUCAGCUUCGUUGCAAAAUCCACUUCAUGUGAACGAUUCUCCUACUCCAGCCGAGCAUUUCCGUCAUUCAAGUUUCUUGAUCCGAGCUGAUUUGACUGAGCUACGCGGAAACAGCAAACGUGAAAAUUAUUGA